UCCCUAGAGGAUGGGGUAACAGAUGCAGGACGACCUGGGAAAGGCCCCGAGAGAGAUUGUAAGAACAGUAAAUACAGUCCAAAGAGGAACAUUUUUGAAGAAAUACAGUCAUCGGGGCGACACAAGAUUCACAAUGGAGGUUUCCCCAGCAACCAAGUUUGGCGAGACCUUUAUGUUUGAGGACAGGUUAGAGAUGCAGCAAGAGCUUUUCCCUGGGGAGGACCUGGCGGACCCUUUUCUUCAGGGGAGAGGUUUGGAGCAGAUGGCUGUUAUCUACAAAGAGAUCCCUCUUGGGGGGCAAGACGAGGACUGUGAUGAUUACGAGGGGAAUUUCAGUCUGUGCUCAAGCCCUGUUCAGCAUCAAAGUUUCCCCCCAGAAACCAGAGCCCAGGAUGAUGAGCUAUUUAGCCAAACCUUCCUCCAGAAAUCCGACCUCAGUGUGUGUCAGAUAAUCCACAGGGGAGGAGAGUCCAGUCCACGCGAUUGUGUGAACGCGGCAGACAGGGGGGACUCAGGACCUACCGCACCUCACAGAAUGCCUGUGCCCGCCAAGCCCUACGCGUGCCGCGAGUGCGGGAAGGCCUUCAGCCAGAGCUCACACCUCCUCCGGCACCUGGUGAUCCACACCGGGGAGAAGCCCUACGAGUGCUGCGAGUGCGGGAAGGCCUUCAGCCAGAGCUCGCACCUCCUCAGACAUCAGAUCAUCCACACCGGGGAGAAGCCCUACGAGUGCCGCGAGUGCGGGAAGGCCUUCCGCCAGAGCUCGGCGCUCACGCAGCACCAGAAGAUCCACACGGGGAAAAGGCCCUACGAGUGCAGGGAGUGCGGGAAAGAUUUCAGCCGGAGCUCCAGCCUCAGGAAGCACGAGAGGAUCCAUACGGGAGAGAGACCGUAUCAGUGUAAGGAAUGCGGGAAAUCCUUCAACCAGAGCUCAGGCCUGAGCCAACACCGGAAAAUCCACACCCUCAAGAAACCUCACGAGUGCGAUCUCUGCGGGAAAGCCUUCUGUCACAGGUCGCACCUCAUCCGGCACCAGCGGAUCCACACCGGGAAGAAGCCUUACAAAUGUGACGAGUGCGGGAAGGCCUUCAGCCAGAGCUCCAACCUCAUCGAGCACCGCAAGACCCACACGGGCGAGAAGCCCUACAAGUGCCACAAGUGCGGCAAGGCCUUCAGCCAGAGCUCCUCGCUCAUCGAGCACCAGCGCAUCCACACGGGCGAGAAGCCCUACGAGUGCUGCCAGUGCGGCAAGGCCUUCUGCCACAGCUCGGCGCUGAUCCAGCACCAGCGCAUCCACACCGGCAGGAAGCCCUACGCCUGUGAGUGCGGCAAGGCCUUCCGGCACCGGUCAGCCCUCAUCGAGCACUACAAGACCCACACCAGAGAGAAGCCCUACGUGUGCAACCUGUGCGGCAAGUCCUUCAGGGGCAGCUCGCACCUGAUCCGGCAUCAGAAAAUCCACGCUGGGGAGAAACUGUAGAGCGAGGAACCUGCAC